AUGUUCUCGCCCGGUACGAAGAAUGUCGCCACCGAUGAAGAGUGCCUCAAGCAGGCAAACUCCCUCAUCAUGCUGCUCAAGGCCGACGUACGCGUGCUCAACGCGUGUGCCGCGAGACUCCUUCUUCCUUCAGAUGCAGCGAUCGUCACAGAUUCUGCUACGAACGAAAUACCGCGCAGAUCGCACAGCGGUGAUGGCCACCUAAAAGACACCACUACUUUUCCGCACGAAAACAGCGCCUACAGCGUGGAAACUAUCGAGCGGCUAUUCCGGAGGUUUCGGCAGGUGGACACCACCGACACCAGCGGCAGCAGCCUCCAAGCUGUCUCGGCCACGAACCAGCUCCUUCUCAUCCGCGAGCGGCUUCAGGCGGGGCUGAGCUCUCGUCUUCUGGAGCUCAAGACGGAGAUGGACAAGGAGUUCGGCACCGCUUUCGUCGACAUGGAGAGCUACCUCAGGAUGGAGAAAGCGAAGAAAACAGUGCCCAACGAGAGGCCGUUCGUGACGUACUCCUCCCGCCCCAUGCAAGACACUCAGGCAAAGUCGGAUGCAGAGCACUGCUCUACGUGCACGAGAUACUUCGUCGAGCUCUGCUACAAGUUCCAGGUGAUGGUGCACGCCUGCCGAGGGCUCCGCGCGGCAAAGGAAGGCCUGAAUCAAACGGUUCUGCUCAAGGUCCUGAGGGAGGAGAGAGACUCGCUGGCGAAGCGCCUCGGGGACUGCGAGACGGAGCUCAAGCGGAUACACCACAGCUACACCGAGAUGAUGAACCCUGACAUGGCGGUGGGCCUCGAGAACCGACAGCGACACAAGAUCGAGGAACAAGACGCUGACUUGAGCCGGCUGAGAGCGGAGAUAGUGUCCCUGAAGCGAGAUCACGAGCGGUUGCUGGCGGAGAACGGCCGGUCUUCAGACGCCGUCGGGGAGCUGCAGUCGCACGCCCAGUCGAACAAGGAGCAGCACGCGAGGGAAUUGGCGUGGCUAACCCCGAAGGUUGCCGCGGCCGAGAGCCGAGCAGUAGAGAUCGAGGGCUUGGUGGACCAGAUGAACCUCAAGCUCUCGCUGCUUAGCGCCAGCCACAGAAAGGCCUCCGAGGAGGUCGCAGACCUCAAGAUUCAGCUAUCUCUGGCGAAAGCGGAUGGUCCCGGUGCAAAGCUUUCUGAUCUGCAGGGGGAGGCCGCGGAGUGUAGGAACGUUAUCAGAAAACUCAAGGGGGCGCGGAUUUUGUGCGAGAAGCAGAGAGACGACGUGGCACGUCGACUAGAGGUCGCGCAAGGGUCGUUGACUUCUGCCGAGCAGAGAGAGCUCGAGACGGCGGAGCAGCUGCGGCAGACGCAGGAGGAUCUCGCCUCGAAAGCGGAGGAGAAUGGCAUAAUGCAAGAAAGGUUGGACAAUCAGGAGAUGGAGCUCCGAGACUAUUCCAACCUUCGGAAGGAGUUCAACACCUUGAGUCUGAAAAACAAGGACUUGAUGUACCGCGUGGCGACGGUCAACGGCCUCCUUGAGGUGGGAGCUGCUAUCAUCACGUCACAUUAUACUUCAUUCUACCGAAUGUUGCGUACAAUCCCCCCACAUGAAGGGAAACGAUUGCAGUCACAGGCGGUGUGUGGCGGGCCCCGGUGUCAUCUCGACUUGCGGUAG